AUGUCGCUUAUCAUUCCGGAGAAGUUUCAACACAUUCAUCGUGUUCUCAACACCAACAUCGAUGGUAACCGAAAGAUCCCCUACGCUCUGACUGCUAUUAAGGGAGUUGGCCGUCGUUUCGCUUUCCUGAUCUGCCGCAAAGCUGACAUCGAUAUCCACAAGCGCGCUGGAGAGUUGAACGAGGAUGAUUACGAGAAACUCCAAACAAUCAUGCAGAAUCCCUCGCAAUACAAGAUCCCCAACUGGUUCCUGAACAGACAAAAGGAUUGGAAAGACGGCAAAUAUUCGCAGCUUCUCUCCACCGGUGUUGACAACAAGCUCCGUGAGGAUCUCGAGCGAAUGAAGAAAAUCCGCUUGCAUCGUGGUCUACGACACUACUGGGGACUCCGUGUGCGUGGUCAACAUACCAAGACAACAGGUCGCAAGGGACGCACGGUGGGAGUGUCCAAAAAGAAGGGAGGA